AUGAGCGUGUUGGGAAGAGAUCAAGUCCUGCGGCGAAACUUCCGAUAUGUUUCGAUUGUAGAGUUUGGCUGCACACUUAUCGCGACGUGGGAGGUUAUUUUGACUUUGCUGGAGCAAGGCCUGACAGAUGGAGGAACUGCCGGGCUGAUUUGGGGGUUCCUGGUGGUUGCUGCUGGAUUUCUAUUGGUCUUUCUGAGUCUGGCUGAGAUGGCAUCCAUGGCUCCCACAUCCGGCGGCCAGUACCACUGGGUAUCGGAAUUUGCCCCUCCUAGCUGUCAGAAGUUUCUCAGCUAUAUCACUGGCUGGCUGUGUGCCAUGGGUUGGCAAUGCGCUAUUGUUUCAAUUGCCUAUCUGGCAGGGACCAUAAUCCAGGGUCUCAUCGUGCUGAACCACCCAGACUACAACUUCCAGCGGUGGCACGGUACCCUGUUGGUGAUCGCCAUUACCUUGUUUUCCAUUAUCUUCAACACAUUCCUGGCCAAGCGAUUGCCGUUCGUCGAAGUCUUGAUUCUCAUUUUGCAUGUUUGUGGCCUGUUUGCUAUCAUUAUCCCAUUAUGGGUUCUUGGUCCUCAACGUAGUGCGAAGCAAGUGUUCACCGAGUUCAACAACGGUGGAGCCUGGAACAGUGCCGGGACUGCCACGCUCGUUGGGUUUUCGACAACCAUCACGGCACUGAUCGGGUAUGAUUGUGCGGUGCAUAUGUCGGAGGAAAUCAAGGAUGCAUCGGAAACCCUGCCAAAGGCGAUGAUCACCUCGGUCUGUGUGAACGCUGCUUCUGGAUUCCUGAUGCUGGUGACGGUAUGCUUCACGCUAGGCGACAUUGACGAUAUCUUGGCCACUCCGACCGGUUACCCUUUCAUGCAGGUCUUCUUCAACGCAAUGAAGAGCCUACCGGGCACCAAUGCCAUGACUGCCAUCCUGGUUCUGACCCUCACAGCGAGCACAAUUACCGAAGUCGCCACCGCAUCCCGCCAACUGUGGUCAUUCGCGCGUGAUCGUGGCCUGCCCUUUUCUGACUUCUUCGGAUAUGUAAACCCCGGGUGGAACAUUCCCUUGAAUGCUGUGAUGGUCUCUUUGGCAGUGACAGUCCUCCUGUCGUUGAUUAACAUCGGGUCGACAACCGCGCUUCUCGCGAUCGUGACCCUGACAAUCGGCGCUAUGAUGUCUUCAUACAUCAUCACAAUCUCCUGCCUGCUACUGCGACGUCUGAGAAAGGAACCUCUCCCGCCACAUCGAUGGACACUCGGCCGCUUCGGCAUGGCAAUCAACAUUGGGGCGCUUUCCUUCUUAUUGCCCGUGUUUGUGUUCGCUUUCUUCCCACUGACAUCGACUGUGGAGCCGGAUAGCAUGAACUGGUGCGCCGCAAUGUACGGGGGGAUAUUGAUCAUCGCGGUGGUGUACUAUGUUGUGCGAGGACGACACCACUAUAUCCCGCCAGUAGCGCUAGUCAGGCGUGAUAUAUAA